UUUAGGUUGUUUUAGCAUUGUCAGCGGCAGUGAAGUAGUGUAUUUUAAUGUUGUGGUAGUAGUUAUCGUGCUUAUUCGAUGUCAGAAUCUUGAAAUAAGUGGCGUUGUGUUUUGGCUAGUGUGUUUUGUCAGUAGUGAGCUUGGGCUUAAUGUUAUUUUAUAAUAAUGACUUGAAAUAAGGAUCCGCUAGUACGCUGCAAUUCAGAUAUGUCUUGUUUCUGCGUUCCACUCACGACCACGUUUUGUCAUUCGUGAUGAAGUUCUUAAUUUAGCGGAAUUUUUUGUUAUUAGUGUUCCUUUGUAUUAUACAUGAAACAAUUCAUAUAGGGACUAUUUUUUAACGAAUUAAUUACCGAAAUACGCCCUAAGAGAACGAUAAUGCCGGAAACAUGAGUUCAGCUGGGCUGCCGAAACCGUCAGGGUUGAAACCACCCACUAAAAUCAGCAGGCCGUGCACAGUAACACCAAAACCAAGUCUUCCAUUGGCUGCUACUCCGUCCGCGAGAGCCAAUGGUGCAGCAAACUCAACCACUAACACAAAAUUAAUCGAAGACACGCCAAAGAAGAAAUUGACAGAGGAAGAAAGCCUUGAGGGAGCUUCCGAUCUCGAAGGAAAAAGUGUCGAGAAACAUAAAUCUUCGAAUCCACGUUCCACCAGUCUUGAUGCUCUGUGGGAGAGUGCCCGCAGACUUAGCGAAGCUGGGGUGAGACGUGCUUCAGAUGCCAGUAUUGUGUUGACAGAGGACACAGACAGUUUCAUUAUUGGUGACCGAGUAUGGGUGGGUGGUACCAAGCCUGGACAGAUAGCCUACAUUGGUGAGACACAGUUUGCACCAGGAGAAUGGGCUGGAGUAGUUUUGGAUGAACCAGUAGGAAAGAACGAUGGCUCAGUGGCUGGUAUACGUUACUUCCAAUGUGAGGUGCGACGUGGAGUAUUUUCUCGUCUCACACGCCUCACUAGAACCUCCCUACAGCAAUGUGAUGGGGAGGCACAGGCAGCUGGUGACAGCCCUGCCCAGCCACGACCAACUAAUGGAACAUCAGGAAUAACAUCACCAGUCCGUCGGCUCACACCUAUUGUCUCGCCUUCUGGCAGUACAAAGGACCUUCAUAUAAAGAAAUCAGCAUCUCCUUCAUUGAAUUUGUCCAUCACGAACUUGAAUUCAACAAGCCAUUCAGACCUGAAGCUUGGAGAACGGGUGAUAAUAAUGAGUAGUCAGGGCUCUAAAGCUGGUACUUUGCGGUACAUUGGGACUACUGAGUUUGCUGCAGGGGAAUGGUGUGGAGUGGAACUUGAUGAUCCUUUGGGAAAAAAUGAUGGAUCUGUAGAAGGAAAAAGGUAUUUUGAAUGUCAGCCCAAGUUUGGGUUGUUUGCUCCAGUACACAAAGUGAGUAGAUCCCCUUCUAGCCGUCGUCCAUCUGCUUCAUGCAUGAUUCAUCGUGGAACACCAGGCCCAAGCAUAAAGAGAGCAGGCUCACGGGAAUCAGUCGUAUCAGCCUCAAGUACAGCUUCAUCUGUACGUGGUGCCAGGGUAAGACUGGGUGUUACAUCAUUGAGCAAGACUGUCCAGCAGAAAGCUGUCAUUCGAACACCAUCUACUCCAGUCUCUAGAAAGUCUUCACUUCAGCUACUCUCACACAUGAUGUUACAAAUAAUAGCUGAACUCCUGCAAAGUACUUCAACAAAUUUAUUAAAGUUAAGAAUUUGCAGGCUACUGAAUUAUGCCUUCAGAAAGUUAGAUGGACUUUACAUCGCUGUCAAUGAAUUAAUCAAGUUUGAUGUACUACGUGAGAAAGACUUGCAUAUCGAACAGCUUUUGAAGGAGCGAGAUCUGGAAAGAGCAGAGGUUACUCGAGCAGCCAGCCAAGCAGAUGAUGCUGAACAGAAGCUUGCUACGUAUAAACAAGAAUUUGAACAGUAUCGAGAGGAAUCAGAAGCUAAGCUGCUGGAUAUUCAGGAUCUCUUGUCCAGACUAAAAAAGGAAAAGGGGGAGCUGACAAGUCAGCUGGAAGAUGAGAGAAGAAAAGUUGAGGACUUGCAGUUUAGAUUUGAAGAGGAAGCAAUCACUAAAUGUGAUAUACAGAGGAAGAGAAUUGAGCAGGAUGCUGCUAAUGCUGUGUCUGAAGAACAAAUUCAAGAGCUAGAAAAAUGUUUAUCUGAGGAGAGACAGAAAUCUGAGUUACUGGAACAAGAAUCUAAUAAGUUGUUUGAAGCGGAGGAAACAAUAGCACAUUAUAAGGAUGAGCUGGACACAAAGCAGAAGGAAUUGAAUGAUGUUCGAGAAGCACUGAAGCUUCGGGAUGAGGAAGUAGAAACAGGAAAUCAACAAGCAAGUGACGAAAUCAGCAAACUAAAAAUAGAGUUAAUGGAAGCUCAAAAUUUAUUUAAAAUUAAAUGUGAAGAAACAGAUAAAUUACAUAAAGAGCAUAGCAAUGAAAUUGAUAAAUUAAGGGAGGAGCAUGAGAAGUCUAAUAAUGCGCUAAAAAGAAGUUUGGAAGAGCUAUCAGGGCAGCAUUCUUCUGACCUUAAACUCUUAUAUAAAGAAUUAAAUGAAACUCAAAAUCAGUUGAAGCUUAAAUGUGAAGAAGUUUGCAAAAUAACCAAAGAACAUAAAGAUGAAAUUGAAAUAUUUAAAGGGAAACUUGAGGAAGCUGAGAAUUUGCUGCAAAUUAAAUCUGAAGAUAUGCAAAAUGAAAUAGUGACUGUAAAAGAAAGUGAGGCAUCUUUGAAGAAGGAGCUUAUAGAAAUUCAAGCAGCUCUUAAAUUAAAAUCUGAAGAACUGGACAGAAGCGUUGAACAUGCCAAAGAACAAGAAAGACUGAUAGAAGAUCUAAAAUUAGAAAAUCAACAGACAGAGAAUUUGUUGAAAGAAGCAACAGAGAACCUUGACAAAAAAACUUCUGCAACAAAUGAACUGGAAAAAAUAUUGAUGAUGCAACUAGAUUCCACUGAAAACACUCUAAAGAUUAAAGUUAAUGAACUAUCUAAGAUUAAUGAAGAACAUUCAAAUGACUCCAAAACCAAAAACUCAACAAUACACAAGCUUGAGGAACAAAUUAAGGAAAGAGAUUCUGAAAUAAAUAAAUUGAAACAGGAACUAGUAACACUGAAGGAAGAAAUUAUAAAAGAUAAUGCUACAGCAAAAGAGCAACAUUGUAAGGAGAUCAAAGAAAAGAUGCAUUUGUUGAAUGAAAUGGAGGAAUGCUUGAAAGAGAAAGAUUUAGAAGUUAAGCUGCUGAGACAAAAUGUUGAGACCCAGGAGGAAGAGGUUCGCAGGAAAGCUGCAGAUAUUCUGGUGCGACAGGAAGAAACACAAAACCUGAUUCAGAAAUUAACAGAUUCUGAGAACUUGAUUGCAGCUCUGACAGCUAAUAUACAGAAGUUUGAGUUGGAGACAGGUGACCUUCAUAGAAAGUUACAAGCUUCAGAUGAAAAGUAUGAACAACUGACACAGCAGAAACAAAGACUGGAGGAUGACAUAUCUGGGCUAAUGAGCAGUUCCAGUGAUUCCUCAGCACAGCUAAUUAAGUUAAACGCAGAGUUACGUGUAAGGGAAAAGGAAGUAGAUGAGUUUCGGGAGAUGCUGACAACAGCUAAUCAGGAGAGAGAGAUGCUGAAGCAUAGAUUGCAACAGAUCACAGAUCAGGCUGAGAAAGUGGAAAAGGAACUGAGGGUGAAAUUUGAGAAUCUUUUACAGCAGACUGAAAAAGCAGAACAAGACACAAAACUUCAAUUAGAGAAAGCUAAAGGAAUUGAGCAAGAACUUCGUCAUGAAUUAGAAAAAACCAGUGCUGAAAAUCUUCAAGUGAAACAGGAUGCAAAACAGGAAAUAGACAGACUUGAACAGGAGGCAGAAAAGAUGAGGAUGGAAUUAACUAAGACAGUAGAGCAAAGAAAGUGUGUGGAACAAGAUUUAACACUAAGAAUGGAACAGGUGGGCAAAGAGAAGGAUUUGAAUCAGCAAUUAGAAACAGUGAACCAGCAGCUACAGAAACUGGAGAAGGAAUUCAAGGAAAAUUCAGGAAAGGCUUUGGCAAAGGAACAAGAACAAGAACAAAAACUGGUGCAAGUACUGAAGGAGACUCAGAAAGCAGAACAAGAGCUGAGGCAGAAACAUGUUGAAGAGCUGGAGAAAUUGUCUCAAGGUAAAGAUUCAAUAGAAAGUCUUGUAGCAGAGAGAGAAUCAAAAGUGGCUUUGGUAACUCAAAAUUUAAAUAACGUGAUACAAGAGAAAGAAACUCUAGAAAAUGUUAUUACAGGGAAGGAUUUGGAACUGAAGAAAUUAAGUGUUGAAUUAACAACAGCGCAAGAAGAGAAAACCUCUGCAAACAAAUUAAUUAAGGAGCAAACUGAAAAAUUAGCUUCAGUAACUGCAGAAUUACUGAAAGUACAAGAAGACAAGGCAACUGCAGAAAACAAAAGUACAGAAGAGAGGGCAGAAGUUGUUGCUGUUACUGAAACACUUAAUGUUAUACGGAAAGAGAAGGUUGAAAUUGAAAUAAAAUUAGCAGAGACAGAAACAAAGUUAUUUGAACUGAAACAAAGUUUAACAAGUUUACAGGAAGAGAAGAAAGACACAGAGGUUUGUGUAUCACAGAAAGAUUCAAGACUUCAUGAAAUUAUGACUGAAUUAUCUAGGUUACAACAAGAUAAAGAUGCUGUGGACAAAAUUUUGAUAGAAAGGGACUCCAAAUUGUCAAAGGCAAUGGAAGAGCUGACAAGGCUUCAUACUGAGAAAGAAGCUGCUGAAAAUCUUGCAACAGAGAGAGAAGAGAAACUGAAGAGUGUAAUGGAGGAGGUGCAGCAGCUGAAAGACAAUUUUGAUUCCCAUUGCCAAGAGUUACAGAAUAAAUUGGUGCAGACUCAGAUGGAAGCAGAGGCAGUACAAGAGGUACAUAAGCAAUUGGAGGAGGACUUGAAGACUAAUAGUAAAAAGGAGAUGGCAAAUUUAGAGAAGAAAGCUGAGAUUUCUUCUUUACUGGCAGAAAGGGCACAGGUUAAACAACAUAAAACUUUGUUGGAAACUUUGGAACAUGAAAAGAAGCAGCUCGAAACCAAAGUAGUAGAAAUGCAGAGGACUGUUGUACAAUCACAAGUUAAUGCAAACAGUGAUGAUCCCACACAUCACAAAUUGGUAGAGGAGAAGGAACUUGCUCAAGGCCAAAUUGAUUUCCUCAAUUCUGUGAUUGUUGAUCUUCAGCGUAAAAAUGAUGAUUUGAAGGCUCGCAUUGAGGUUCUGGAGCUUGGAAUAUCACCUGCUGAUGCAGAUGAGCUAAACUUAAAUGGCAUAAAACCCAACAUGUUAGCUCCACGUGUGUUCUGUGAUAUCUGUGACAUGUUUGAUCUCCACGACACUGAAGACUGCCCACGACAAGCUAUGGAAUCACCCCCACCCCCUACUCAUGGU